AAGUUAAAAGGUGAUAUAACAGAACAGUGUAACAGCAACCUUAUUGUCAGCGCCAUAACUUAUGUUUCGAUAAUUUGCUAUUUGUUUUGAUACGACCUUUGUUUGGCGAUUUGUAUUCAAUACAUCGUGUAGCAUUAUGUAGAUAGUGUAGUAUGAUUUGGUCGCUACAUAUCAUGUCUGAUAAAGGUCCUCUUGUUACUGCGGCGGCAACAGCGUGUGCUCUCGGCGCCGCUUACUACGCCUAUAAUGUUUAUAAGGAGACAAGGAAACCAAAGUUGCCUGAACAAUGGAAACAAGUCGGUACGCUCAAAGAAAUUUAUGUGUACCCGAUUAAAUCCUGCGGACCCGUACUUUUGAACAAGGUGGAAUGCAGUACACUUGGUCCAAAAGAUGGAUGGCUGAGGGACAGAUUUCUAAUGGUAGUAGACCGCGAGUAUAACUUUAUAACUGCGCGUACGCACCCCGAGCUGCUGCUAGUGCAUCCCCAAGUGAAGAGCUCCGUGCUCAGCUUGAAGCACGUCGACAUGGAGCCAUUGCACGUUAACUUGGCAGAAAUUAUAGAACUGCAGACACCAAAAACUGCCAAGGUUUGGGGUACUACGGUUCCAGUUUAUGAUUGUGGUUUUGAACCCAGCGAAUGGUUUUCGAGGUUAUUAAAUCGUUCCGGGGACAACUUCAGGCUGGUGUACUACGCCUCGCAGAAGUGUCGCGAGUUGAGAACAACGCCAAAUAGUUUCUACAAGUUCACCAAAAAUGAUACGGGCGCUUUACCCGAUGAAGUACCUUUCAAUUUGAUUAACGAAGCAUCUGUUAACGAAUUGAACAGCCGCUUGAAAGAUUGUCAGGUGUCUGUGCUUAACUUCAGACCUAAUUUCGUCCUUUCCGGAGCUGAACCAUACGCCGAGGAUGGUUGGAGAUACGUAAAGAUCGGUGAAAAUGUUUUUGAAAUAAUAAAACCAUGUACCAGAUGCAUUUUAACCACUAUCGAUCCGGAGACCGGCGUACGUAAUUCUAAAACUGAGCCUUUGGAGACUUUAAAAUCAUAUAGACAAGUAACUAAUCCUGAGGAGCGCCGAGCCACGGGCAGCUCUCCGCGCAUGGGAAUACAGAUGGCAUUGCGGUCGCCGCCAGGACAACUUGUUUCUUUGAACGACCCUAUUUACAUCCCACAGUGAUUUAAACCACAAUUUUUUUUUAAAUGUUACGUGUUUUUUUUUAUUCUAUAUUGGUAAAUGUAUAAUUUUUCUAAAAAUAAAAGAUUUAUUGGGUAAAA